GAAUUCACACUCGCAGGACACCUGCACAGCAUCCCAUCUCUGUGACUCUGUCCCAGCUACCCAUCCCAGCCCGUCCUUCGUUCCAGAAUUCACGCCAGCAACGGCCUCUCACUUUGUACGACUGUCGCUCUUUCUUCCUCGUUGUCAACCUCCAGCUCCCAGCACCAUUUCCUUGAGUCAAUACCUGUCAUCACAACCUCUCCCUGUCACACCUCCUCCGCCUCCGACAUAAUUGUUUCAACUCAUCCCUGCUUAAUUCACACACCGGCCGCACCCAGUCACUCUUCCACCCUCGACAAACGCGUCUUUCUCGUCAUCUACGAGUCUCCCAGUCCACUUCACAAGAGUUUCCAAAACCACUCAACUCACAACUACCCAUUACGCGUUUCGCCUCUACGAAUUUUCCGAUUGCCUCCCCUCCCACGUUGAAUCCCUUCCCCGACCUCUGACCUCUGACCUCCAGAUCCGAUCUGCUACACCCAGAAGAUCCCACCCUCACCCGCCUUCUUUCGCCCUUCCACGCUAUUACGCCUGUUCACACAUGUAUUCAUCAUCACCACUUCGGUAACCCUCUCUUUCGAGUCUGUUGCUGCGGCACAGGCGCCUCACACAAUGCACCUGUUGUCGCGGUUUGGCCUUGGAGCGACCGCUUCGUUGAUGUUGGCAACGAGUCGAGUCCACGCUCAAUCCGUCCCUGCUCCCAACCUGGACUUGUCCUCUCUCGGUGAUGUGACCAUCGCCGGGAACUUCGAUGCCAUUGCUGUAUACACCUCGAUCGGUCAACAACAAGGUUUCGACAGUAAUGGCACGCAGUCAAUAUUUUCCGCAUUGCCAAAUGGCGCCUACAAUAUCCUCGCCUCCACCGAUGCAAGUAUCUCCGCAAUGUGUCCCCUAUUGACACAGGACGGCUCGUUGUCAGGUCUGGUCGUCGGUGGCAAUUUCACCAGUAUGGGCGGAGUCCCUGCCCAAUCCGUUGCUAUCUUGAACACAACCACCUUGGAAAUCGAGCCCAUACAAGGUGUCGAAGGUAUCGUUACAGCACUCUACUGUGACCAAGACACCGAGACUGUCUAUGUAGGUGGCGCCUUUGAAGCACAGAAUUCCUCAAAUGCCAUCGCCUGGAGAUCUGGAGGCUUUGCCAGUCUUCCGUUUGCCGGAUUUGAUGCACCAGUCUCUUCCAUCACGAGAGCCCCCAAUGGCCACAUUGUCUUUGGCGGCUCCUUCAGUGGACUCGGCAACAUUUCUUCUACCGCUCUCACGAAUCCUGAAUCUCAGGUUAUUAACCUCGGUUCCGCAAACAUUGUCGCACAAGGAAAUACCACCAGGGCGGAUCUAGGUGACCCCAGGAGUAUCGUGUGCCCAUCGAAUGACUCGGAUACUUCGACGACCUUCUUGUUGGCCGAUAACACACCCGGUUCAUGGUCCGCGCAACUCGCUUUCGGUUUCGAGCCUACUAAACUCAGGCUCUGGAACACGAACUUCGAAGGGCGAGGAACUAGGACGUGGCGAUUCACUGCACAUCCUAUCAACGGCAUCAUGAACUUUACUUAUACCGACCCUGCUACUGGACAACGUGCAUUCUGCGAUGCGAGGUGUCCUCUGCCCCAGGACUCCUCCGAGCCCUUUCAAGACUUCUUUUUCGUCAACCUUGUUGGCAUGAAUAGCUUUACCAUCGACAUCUCGGAUUGGUACGGAGCUGGUGGCGGUCUGGAUGGGCUUGAACUUUUCCAAAAUGACAUCUUCUCAUAUGCCAUCGAGGCCUUUUCCGAUCCCGUCUGCGCUACUGAGGGAGCAAGGUCUGAUGCUACCGCGACCGGUCCUUGGUUCACCACACCCUCGAGACAAAGCGUCUCCGACUAUUUGACCGCUGUUGUUGGUCCUACAACUGUUGACUCCACCUCGAUCGUCUUUGAGCCCGAUGUCCAACGCAGCGGCAAUUACUCCAUCGUCGUCUAUACCCCUGGAUGUAUUCAAGACAGCUCAUGUUCGGCUCGUGCCAUUGUUAAUAUCAGUGUCUCCCUCACCGCCGAUGCCGCAGACCCUUUCACUACUCAGCUAUUUCAGACCAAUAAUUUCGACAAGUAUGAUUCCGUGUUUCAAGGAUAUGUCGAUGCGGUCAGUUCGUCCUUUCGCCCCUCCGUGACUAUCACGGCUUCUGGUCUUCAAUCCGACCAGCUCAUCGUCGCGUCGCGCAUCAAGUUUAGCUUCAUCUCCAGCACUGGAGGACUGAAUGGUCUCUUUGACUACGAUCCAAACAGUGACGAAAUCAACAUCGAUUUUUCCCAAUCAGCCAUCAACAGUGCAGGCAUGACGUUGCAACCAAAUGCCCAAAUCCUGGCCUUGACAACAGUGGGCGACACCAUCUACGCUGCUGGUCGCUUUCGAGACGGCGUCUUUGAGAACAUUAUGGCAUUUGCAGAUGAUAACGCAACCUCUCUUUCUGGCGGUGGUCUCAACCAAGCUGUAACUGCCAUGUACAGCACGGAUGAUUUUCUGUACGUUGGUGGUAAUUUCACAAAUACUAACCAGGGCGACGUACAAGGAAUCAACAAUGUUGCAUCAUAUGACAUUUCGUCAAAUUCUUGGGUCGCCUUGGGCGCUGGACUGGAUGGCUCCGUGGAUGCUGUCGUUCCCAUGCAACUUAAUGUCAGCCAGGGCCAAAGUGAGACCGUGAUUGCCUUCAGUGGGUCGUUCAGCCAGAUUGAAAGCUCCGACUCUAAUCCUGCCAUCCGUGCUUCGGGACUAGCAAUAUGGGUUCCUUCAAGAAACGCUUGGUUAGGAAGCUUGGAUGAUGUCCCUCGACAGGCUUUGGCUGGACAGUUGUACGCCGCCACCUUCUUACCAAAUGAUACCUGGGUUGGGGCGGGGACUUUGCGUUCUCUCGGUUUGGCCAUAAGCGGUGCCGCAGGAAUGUCUUCAGCUGACGGUGAGACGGUUCUUCGAUCAUUGCCAAUCUCGAUUGAAUCUGGACCGGGGUCAUCAACUUCUCGAAAACGCGCCCUCUUGGACUCCCAGAAUAUCACCGGUGUCACAGGCGGAGCGCACUAUACUGGCAAUGGGCAGAAUGUAACAAUUUUUGGAGGUCAUUUCUCCGCCACUGCAACGGAUGGCUCCACAAUUGAGAACCUGAUGUUCUUGAACGGUUCAAAUAACAAUCUAGUGACCGGACCUCCGACAGGACUCGAUGCCGAAUCAACCAUUUUGACUCUCGCGGUGGCAGGCGAUCUGCUUUGGGCCGGCGGAAAUCUUACUGGUCGAGUCAAUGACGCUACUAUUGCGGGUUUGGUGGUCUACGAUCUCACAACUGCAGCAUACCGGAACGUUCAGCCUGCGUCUCUAGAGGGAGACGACGUUGUCGUCAAUGCCAUUGCACCUCAGUCAGGCACAUCGGCCAUCUAUGUGGGAGGCUCUUUCUUGCGCACCUCACAAGAUCUGUCCUGUCCUUCAGUGUGCAUGUAUGAUUCAGCCACCAGUCAAUGGAACACAGUUGGCACUGGUCUGGACGGGGUUGUCUCUGAUCUUUACUGGCAGAACGACAAAACCCUAUUGGCAACUGGAAAUUUGUCUGUGUCCGGUAACAGCACGUCUCUUGCUCUCUAUGAUGUCGACGAACAAGAGUGGACCGAGGUCUCAAAUUCAGCAAUUCCUGGCCCCGUCUCUGCUUUUGGCCCAGCAUCAGAAGACGCCACUGAGAUGUGGGUUGCUGGGACAGCUAGCAACGGUUCCACCUUCCUUGUGCAAGUCGGCCGGGAUCACUCCCAUCCUGUCGUUGAUGCUUUUGGUUCUGGAACAACCAUUCAAGGACUUCAGGUCAUGCCGCUCUCUCAACAGCACGAUGCCACCGACUUUCUUGACCGUGACCGCGCCUUGUUGGUGACUGGUAAGCUCAACAUCACGGGGUUCGGUAGCGCUGCAGCGGCAUUAUUCAAUGGAACGGUCAUGCAACCAUUUAUCCUCGCCUCCACCGACGAUGGCGAGCCAGGUAGCAUCAAUCGAGUGUUUUCUUCUCGACCAAACACACAACGGUCAAGCAAUCGCGGACAUUCAAGAGGUAUCGCCGUUCUGGUCGCACUUUGCGCGGCCCUGGGCACGAUAUUCCUUAUAAUUAUAAUCGGCAUCAUCCUCAACAGAAUUCAAAGGCGGCGUGCUGGAUACAAGUCGGUUCCCAGCGUUGCUUAUGCCGACAAGCACUCGAAUAUUCACCGUGUUCCCCCAGAGUCUCUAUUUGGAAACUUGGGCGCCAAAUCACCCACAGCACCAACGGUGUGAUCUUUGUGGGUAACUUCCCCUGGCGACCGAGCACGAUUGAUUGAGGAUGAUGUCACGAGAUCCACGAUGUUAUGAUUCUUCUUUUUCCCAAAGCGUUCGUUAUUGCUCCACGACAGGAUUGCAGCAAGCGACGGUUGCCUCUAUUCUUCUUCUUGUCUUUCUAUAUUUGUGCCGGCUUCGGCCUGGCAACCUUGAUACCCCGGCGGAAUCUUCGGCAUAUCACAUCCUACACACAGUCGGUACUCAUGUGUGUACUCUGACCGCGCGGUCUUACCGUUCCUUGUCGCUGAGACACAUUUGCGCGGCGCCUGGCGAUGACUGGAACAUUAGCGUUUACAGAAAAUAACCUCGGCCUCUGUCUAGCUUCAGCCUAGUACCAGGUCAUGGUGGUGAGAAAUGAACAGCACAGCAUGCUGGAAACGACAUUGAGAGUGAAUAUGGGAGGUGAUUGAUUGAAGUCAAUAUGAAUGCUCGAAGCAUGCACAUAUUGGCGAUGGCGAUGGUGAUUGUGAUGAAAGGUGACGGUUGAAGAUUGUCUCUGACCAGUUGAGCAAAGCACAUGAACAUAUGGGCUUGAGAAUCUGCUGGCAGAAGGCUUGAAUAUGUCAGGCCGAAAGAAGAACUAUAUAGACUCUCAUCGGUGCUGAGGUAAUGUAAUCAAAUAAAAAGGAUAUGAGAUCCGACGAUGCCAU